AUGGAAUACACUACCGACAUCACCUACAAGCACACAAGCAAUAUCCGAGAAUGGGCGAAGCAAACCCCCCCUUUCCCACCUCAACCCCACCCUUUUACCCCGGAGACUGCUUCACCUUUCACCAUAGAAAUCCCUUCGUACCACGUAUGUGGUUGUAAAAAAGAGAACGAGUAUAGGAGAGAACUAUCUGAAACGGCUUUUCAGACUGGUAUUAGGUUGUUUAAGAGGUAUAUUGAGGACCGCAAGGUGAAAGAGGCUGCUAUGAAAGAAUAUUUGAGUAGGGAGAAGAGACUGGUAGUUUAG